UCUUUCCUCUUUUCUUCCGACCGAAAAUCUCUCCCUGCAAUAACAUCGGCGUCUUCUCCGCGACAGCGGAAAUCUCUUCUGCGGUAACGUCGGCGUCUUCUCCGGCCUUAUCAACGACAAUGAAAAAUUCUCAAGGGCUAUUAAAAGGGGAUCUCAGGCAACUAUGAAGAACAAGAAAGAAAAGAAAAACAAUGGAAAGGUUAUGAUGGAGUACAUCGGAGCAACAGGAGUUUCUGUUUCCUUUGACAAUGUCCCGAUCUAUCCUGAUAUCGACUUUUACUUCCUACUGAGCUUUGCUAUUGAUGCUGAUCCCUCCGGCAAACCCCAAAAUGGAAAGUUUUCACCCUACUGGGACUCUAAUCUUACUCCCGAUGCUGUUGUUGCUGUUAAAGCUCGCUAUCCCAAUGUCAAGGUUCUCGCAAGCCUUUCAGGCUGGAGCAUUAACAGCAAAGUCCUCUCCUGGUACAAGCCGAAAUCAACCUCCUCUUGGAUCACCAAUGCCUUCACAUCCCUCAAAUCCAUAUCAAAUAAGUACCACCUCGAUGGCAUCGACAUAGACUAUGAAACCUUCCCCCAAAAUGACACUACUUUUCCUUACUGCAUCGGGGAGCUCAUCACUAGGCUAAAGCAGAAGAAUGUUAUAACCGUAGCCAGCAUCGCACCAUAUUAUAAAACAGUGAAUCCCUACAUUGAUCUCUUUCGCAGAUAUGGUGACGUAAUCGACUAUGUCAAUCAUCAGUUCUACACCGAUAAAGUAAAGUAUCCAGCAUAUUAUCUGCAAGAUUUCAGGCUAAGAGCUUCACAGUUCAAUGCUAGUAAGCUGUUGCCUAGCUAUGAAAUCAAUGGCAGAGGGAUACAAGGAGAUGCAUUUUUUGACGCGCUGAAGUUGAUUGAGAGCAGAGGGUUUGCUGUUAAUGGAGUUAUGAUAUUUUCGGCUGACGCAUCGCAGAAGGAUAAUUAUUAUUUUGAGAGGAAAUCUCAACAGUUCUUGCUCAAUUCUACUGCUAAUGCUUCUUUAGGAUGCCGGGAGUAACGAUAAGGGGCUGUUUGUGAGAUUUACCUUGAAAUGAAAUUAUAUGAAAAUAUUUGUUCCAUGUUUCUUAGACAUUAAAGUAAGUGUAAUAAUUUGUAAUUUAGGUUUUA